CGUCAUUACUCUGAUGUUCUUUUUUGCGAACAUUUCCUCAUUCUUCACUCGACUUUAAACAACAUAUGUAGUUGUUCAGUGUUCUGUACUGCGUAGCAUACUGCUGUUCCUAAGUUUUGAUUUCCUUCGGUUUAUCGGUAGCUUCAGGAAAUGACACUUUAAGAUAUUUAACUUUUUUAAUCACGUUCUCUUCUCUAGUUAAACGAGGAGAUUAACAACGUCAGUGGAUAACAGUGAGAUUUUGCCCAUAAAUAUGGCAUCAAAGUCGAGUAUAGACCAUGAGGUGAUUCCAGUGACAGCUUUAAACUGCAAUUUCCGAAAGAAACUGGGCCUGUAUUUAAAUCCACAAAACACAGUGGCAGCAGACUGGAGGACUGUCGCCGAAAUGAUGGACUUUACCUACCUGGAGAUCAAAAAUUUCGAGAAAAGAGACUAUCCCUUUGAAAAGGUUUUAACGGAGUGGGAAACUCGUCCAGAGGCCACAGUAGCAAAUUUACUGUCGAUUUUAGAAAAAGCCGAAAGGAAAGAUGUUAUAUCAGACCUCAAGGAGAUUAUAGAUGAUGACUGCAGGAAGUAUUUAGAAAGACAACUGAGGAAGCCCGUCCAGGUUCCAGUGGUGGACAGCUGCGGGCCCCGCACACAGGAGCGAGAAGGCAUCACGCUGUUUGAUGAUCCACAAGGACUAAUACCGGAGACCUUUGAUGCCUUCAUCUGCUAUUGUCAGAAUGACUUCCAGUUUGUCCAUGAGAUGAUCAAACAGUUGGAACAGACUGAAUACAACCUGAAGCUGUGUGUCUUCGACCGAGACGUCCUUCCAGGCACGUGUGUGUGGACCAUCGCCAGUGAGCUCAUAGAAAAAAGGUGUAAGAGGAUGGUGGUGGUCAUUUCCGAUGACUAUCUGGACAGUGAUGCCUGUGACUUUCAGACUAAGUUUGCACUCAGCCUUUGCCCAGGAGCUCGCACUAAACGCCUAAUCCCUGUUGUCUACAAAACCAUGAAGAAGCCUUUUCCCAGCAUCCUCCGUUUUCUGACCAUCUGUGAUUAUACCAGACCCUGCACACAAGCGUGGUUCUGGACCCGGCUGGCCAAGGCGCUCGCACUCCCCUGAACAUUUCUAUGGACACCAAUAACGGUUUACUGUACAUUCAUCACUGGGUAAAGCACACUAUUCCCUAUGGAGGGUGAAUGGAAAAUACCGUCUGUGAUUUCUGCUCGCUUGGAGAGUUUCUCAGACUCAGUAGUGAGUCCAGCUUAUGAUGAACAUUUCAAGAAAUGUUCUUUUACAUCUGCCCCAAUCAAAAGGUUGCUCAGCUUUCCAAAGCAAAUCCCAAAAAUGGUUCCUCAUUUAGUCUCUUUUUCUUGUCUUGUUUGCAAUGUGCAGAAGUGUUUCUUUUGUAUUUUGUUCUUUAUGGCAAGUAUUUUGGCAGGUGAAAUCUAUUUAAUGAUUUGCUAUCAUUAAACUUUCUUGCAGUGAUGGUACAUAAAGGUUCCAAAAUGGCGUUUUCACAGCGAUGCCAUAGAAGAACCAUUUUGGGUUCCUCAAAGAACCUUUCAGUGAACAGUUCUUAAAAGAAAGAUUUUUUUUUUUUUUCAUAGUUUGAAGAACAUUUUAAUAAUCUAAUGAAUCUUUUCUGGAGUGGAUGUUAAAGGUUUUUCAUGGAACCAUCAAUAUCAUUUAAGAACCUUUAUUUUUAAAAGUGAGUUUAGUACUAUGGGUACAUAAGAACACAUUUUGGCUCUGAUGUUUUAAUGUACUUUUAAUCUGUCUUUCAUACUGGCAGUGCCUUGUGUGUCAUAAAAUAUUAAUGUGAAAUAUAUUUGUGGAUAUUACAUUUGUUUUUCUAUUUGCCAUGAAUGUUAUUACUCUGCAUUUCUUGGUAAGAUAAAUACAGAUUCACUAUAACAAUCUUUAUCUCGGUUACGCAGUUAUAGUUGGUUAACCUUGUUUUUACGUCUUGAAUACCUCAGUCUUCCUGUGACGACACAUCUGCACAGAAAAGAUGAUGGCUUUUGAUCUGUUAGAUCAGACCUUGUUAGUAUUGUUUCAAUUCUUUUUCUAUGUUUUAACAAUUUAUGUAACUGGCUUUGUAUUUAUUUGUAUUGUUGCUUGUGUGGCAUAACUUACAAGCUAUACAGGUCUUUUUAAUCGUUUUUUAUAUGAAAACAACACAACUUUUAUCUCCUGUGCUCACAGUUUAGACAAACAGUACAUUUGACAGCAGUACAUACAGAUACAUAUAUUUGGCUGGUAUGCAUAUUAUUUGCUUUAAUAGCAAAAAGCUUGUAUUUCAUACAGUUGGUCAUUCAUGUGUAUACAGAUGCAAGUGCGUAUUUAGAUCAGUUUGCCACAUUUACCGCACUUCCUGUUAGUGGAAACUGUUUCUACUGAAGCAGCGAGAAAUGCAUUCUUGUGAGGCUGAUUAGAAAACCAACAGAAGUAACCUCUGCACUAGAGCAAACUUUGCUGAUUUUAUGAUAGAAACUUUUUGAAAUGUGUAGCGUGGGUGGGAGUGGACGCACGGGCAUGACUCUCCACUGUUUUCUAAGGUUACGAUACAUUAUUACGAGAUUAAAUUAAUAUUAUUUUUAAUUUUAUUUUUUCACGUCUAACGUGGAAUUCAUUAAAAUAUUCUUGGAAAUGUUGUUGUAAUCGAGCCUCAUUUUAUAGGAGUUUCCUGUCCUCAAUUUCACUUUCCAUUCUUUGUAAUAUCCCUUUGCUUAAUCCCUUUGCUUCCUCCAGGAAGUGAUAAGAAUUAGCUUAGGUUUGAUGAAUUCUGUGAUGUUUUGUUCAAUUAGUUGGUUUGUCUCACUUUAACAUUCCGUCCAAUAUUCUAAAAUGAAUUUACAGAAAUUAUUAUUAACUAAAUCUUGGUUGUUUUGGUUUGAAAUAAAUCUGAAUUAUCUUCAGGUUGACACCCUCAAGCUUCUCUCAGCGAUGACUAACUUUAGCGCUGUAUUUUCAUCCUGUUAGGCAUUCUGUUAAUUUCCUUAUCACUAUUAUUAAUCAAGCUAUAAAUAAUAAUAAAAAAAGAUUAUAUUCUUAACUUA